UGUCUUUGUGAGGCGAGACCGUGGCGUGGAAGGUUCGCGAAGUCGUGGUCGCCAUCGAGCUCAGUAGCUCUGUUUCCCGUCUAUGGCGACCGGGGCAAACGCGACGCCGCUGGGGAAGCUCCAUCCACCCCCGCCGCCAGGCAAGGCCGGCUACCCUCUUCCUCCUCCGGGAUUGGUGAUGCAGGGCCCGCCGCCUCCGGGCCCCGCGCAGGCCCAGCCGCAGCCAGCCAUUCCCAGCCUCAUGGCUGCCGCCGCCUUCCCCUUCGCCGCGCUGCCGCCACCCCCGCCUCCUCCGCCGCCGCCACCCCCGCCCCCGCCGCAGCAGCCCCAGCCGCCCCCGCAACAGCCGCAGCCGCCGCCCCCGCCUCCACCGCAGGCCCAGCAGCCGCAGCAGCAGCCACAGCAGCAGCCGCCUCCCCAAUAUGGCCAGUACCGGUUCCCCUCGCCGCCGCCCUCCCAGAUGGGCCUCGAGCAGCAGCAGCUUCACCAUCUCCACCCGCAAGACGAGGGCAGCCAGUCCGGGGCCGGCAAUCAAGAUUUUCCUAAUAAGAAGAGGAAGAGGAGCAGAUGGAACCAAGACACCAUGGACCAGAAGACUGUUAUCCCUGGAAUGCCCACAGUUAUCCCCCCUGGGCUUACUCGUGAACAAGAGAGGGCUUAUAUAGUGCAACUGCAGAUAGAAGACCUGACUCGCAAACUGCGCACAGGAGACCUGGGCAUCCCCCCUAACCCUGAGGACAGGUCUCCUUCCCCUGAACCAAUCUACAAUAGCGAGGGGAAGCGCCUCAACACCCGUGAGUUCCGUACACGCAAGAAGUUGGAGGAGGAGAGGCACAACCUGAUAACAGAGAUGGUGGCGCUCAACCCAGACUUCAAGCCGCCAGCAGAUUACAAGCCGCCAGCAACCCGGGUGAGUGAUAAAGUGAUGAUCCCGCAGGAUGAAUAUCCUGAGAUAAACUUCGUUGGGCUUCUCAUUGGACCCAGAGGAAACACGCUGAAGAACAUUGAGAAGGAGUGCAAUGCAAAGAUCAUGAUCAGAGGCAAAGGUUCUGUGAAAGAAGGGAAGGUGGGGCGAAAAGAUGGCCAAAUGCUGCCUGGUGAAGAUGAACCCCUUCAUGCGCUUGUCACUGCCAACACUAUGGAAAAUGUGAAGAAAGCCGUGGAACAGAUCCGGAACAUUUUGAAGCAAGGAAUUGAAACACCAGAGGACCAGAAUGACCUGCGCAAGAUGCAGCUGCGGGAGCUUGCCCGCCUCAAUGGGACGUUGCGUGAAGAUGACAACAGGAUUCUGCGUCCAUGGCAAAAUACAGAAACUCGCAGCAUCACCAACACCACAGUGUGUACCAAGUGUGGAGGAGCUGGUCACAUUGCAUCAGACUGCAAGUUUGCCCGGCCUGGAGAUCCCCAGUCAGCCCAGGAUAAAGCACGCAUGGACAAAGAGUACUUAUCUUUAAUGGCCGAAUUGGGAGAGGCCCCUGUUCCAGCAUCUGUAGGGUCUUCUUCAGGACCUUCUAAUCCACCUCUGCCAAGCGGCCCAAGACCGUCAGGGCCUGGCAACAGCCAGCCACCUCCUAACCGCCCUCCGUGGAUGAACUCUGGCCCUUCUGAAAACCGGCCCUUCCACGGCAUGCAUGGUGGAGGCGGAGGUGGUGGCGGCGGCGGUGGUGGAGGAGGAGGAGGGCCUGCAGGGCCUGGCGGUCCUCACAACUUCCCUCAUCCAAUGUCAAACAUGGGAGGACAUGGUGGUCACCCCAUGCAGCACAAUCCAAAUGGUCCCCCGCCUUGGAUACAGCCACACAAUCCUCCAAUGAACCAGGGACCGCAUCCUCAUGGCCCACCAGGCCCACAUCACAUGGAUCAGUACCUGGGCAAUGCGCCAGUGGGCUCUGGGGUCUAUCGCCUCCAAGGAAAAGGUAUGAUGCCGCCUCCGAUGGGUAUGAUGCCCCCACCACCCCCUCCGCCCAGUGGUCAGCCUCCCCCGCCUCCCUCUGGUCCUCUCCCCCCAUGGCAGCAGCAGCAGCAGCCUCCACCCCCGCCUCCCAGCAGCAGUACUCCCUUGCCAUGGCAGCAAAGUGAAUACGACGACCACCACCACCACGAGCGCUGGCAGCGGGGCCAUCCCUCCAUGGCAGCAGCAGCAGGGGGCAGCGGCAACUUCUACGGGGGGCCCGCAGAUGCAAGGCAGCCCCUCCAUGGUGCCUUUGCCUCCAGGGGUCCAGCCUCCCCUGCCGCCAGGGGCCCCACCUCCUCCCCCGCCCCCGCCCCCUGGCUCCGCGGGCAUGAUGUACGCUCCUCCCCCUCCUCCACCUCCCAUGGACCCUUCUAACUUUGUCACCAUGAUGGGGGUGGGGGUUCCAGCUUUGCCACCAUUCGGCAUGCCCCCUGCUCCCCCACCACCGCCACCACAGAACUGAAGAAUGGUUUUUUCUAUACAGUUGUUUUUCUCUCCAAUAUGGAGCCAGGAAUUGGAGGGAGAUCUUAAUGAAGCCCAGCCAGGAGCAUGUGAGGGAUGUUCCCCCCCCCCUCACUCUGUAUUAGAGGGGUGUGUGACUCUUCGUCAGAUUCUUGUUUUGAUUGACUUGACUGGUGUGCUUCGAUAAUUUGACCCAUCAAGACACUAGCCUUAAGCGUCUCUUUGAAGUGAGGACUGUCUAACCUUUGGCAGUGAGAACAAGGAACUUAUGGGAUAUAUUUGCUGGGGCAAAACUCCCAUUUGAAGCUGCCAAGUCCAGCCUCGGAACCAGCAAGCCCUCUCCGGUGAAUUUAAGCAUUUCUCAUGUGCCCUGCAGGCGCAGAACGGCAACUUUGUUUUAUUUAAUUUUUUUUUCUUGCUGGGCUUAGAUUUUAAUCCCACCUUAAAAGACACCGUGUUUUUCAGGGCCCUGUGCAUCCCCACCACUGAACUGCCCGCAGAGUUGAAAAAAAUGAAUGGAUUUUGGUAGCGUUCUCUUGCGUUUGGGAGCUGAGGCUUUCGUCCCACACUUGACUGGGGGGAGGUUCCGAUGGGGGGGUUUUCUGGGUGGUCUUAGCAGGAAUAGGUAGAUUUUGCAGGAUGUGUCUACUGUAGAAGCUAAGGGUUUUGAGUCCUGUUGGGUAGUUAAAAUGAAGUAGGCAUUGGGAGGGAAUCUUCAUCUACUUUGAGGUCCAUUCAUCUCUUAUUCACCUGCCUAGAGUCUCCUUCCUUUUAUUUUUUUUAAAAACACAUCUGAAUGUUUUGUGGUUUUGGGUGGUCCCACCCCUGGAUUGAGUGAUCUCUGUUGACAAUGAUGUAUGUGUAUAAUGCUUCAUUCAAGUCACCUUGUAACCAUUUUCUUAAUUGCUUUUUGUGUAAGAGUAAAAAAUGCAGUGAGGGGAGGUCCAAUAAAACGCCAUUUUUAAAAUA